GGUAAAGGGAGGGCGGUGUUUAACGCCCCUCGUGCGUUAAAACACACUUAAUGCCCAAGGGCGUUAGCAACAUUUCCGGUGGCCUAACUGUGAGGGAAAUUAGAUAUUGAUGCGCCUGAAUUAAGCUAUUUGUAUACUAAAAAUAACUCUGUUCUUGUAUGAUGAUUUACACUGACACAAAAUAAUAAUACUCCGUAUGUUUUUUUAUUAAAUUGAUAUUUUAUGUCAUUGUGAACAAUUAAAAUAUCUGUCGAUUCUUGGUCUUGGGGUAGGUUGUAAUGCAUUUGUCUCUUGCAUCGCUCUGCACGCCCGGUAAGAAAACAAAACAGAAAAUGGCAUCCAUCUCCUCGUUGGCUCCCAUCUCCAAACCCUACAGCUCGAUCAAAAAUCUGAAAACUCCUGCACCAGUCAGCCCCCGUUUCCACCAAUGGACGCCAUCGCUUUUCUUCAACAGCCCCACUUCCGCCCUCUCCCUCAAGCCUCAUUCCCUCCGAUCCACCAAGCCCCGAUCCAGAACCACCACAAUCACCUCCCUCUUCACCGGCAUAGUCGAAGAGAUCGGCGAAGUCCGGCACAUCGGCCGCGCAGAUCCGGAUAGUUUCACCUUGAAGAUCGGCGCGGGAACCGUCCUCGAAGGCGUCCGCCUCGGGGACAGCAUCGCGGUCAACGGCACCUGUCUCACCGUCACGGAAUUCGACACUGGAUUGUCCGGAUUCUCGGCCGGAGUGGCUCCGGAGACCCUGCGGAAGACCUCCCUAGGAGAGCUUGAACGCGGAUCUCAAGUCAAUUUGGAGAGGGCUUUGACGCCGAGCACUAGGAUGGGAGGUCACUUCGUGCAGGGACAUGUAGACGGGACUGGAGAAAUCGUAGGGUUCGAAUCUGAAGGGGACUCACUGUGGGUGAGGGUGAAGACAACGAAGGAGCUUCUGAGGUACAUUGUCCCCAAAGGGUUCAUUGCCGUGGAUGGGGUUAGCUUGACGGUGGUAGAGGUUUUUGACGCCGAGGAGUGCUUCAACUUCAUGCUCGUGGCUUACACGCAGAAGAAUAUUGUGAUUCCAUCAAAGAAAAUCGGGCAGAAGGUGAAUCUGGAGGUGGAUAUACUUGGGAAGUAUGUACAAAGGUUGCUCAACACUGGGUUUGUAGAUUCCAUUAAAUCUCCUGCUUCACAGCUUCAUCCAUAAGUAGAAGAAGAAAGCUCGUGACUGGUAAGAUCCCCCUCUCACAUUGGCCUUGCAAGAGGAUGUGGAUACGAUUAGCACUUGAUGUUUGAUGUUUUGAACUACUCAGAAGAAGCUAUAGAUGUUUUGUCCAUGGCCAUUAGACUAGCUCUGUUACUUGAUACAUUUACUUUAUGCACGCCACGCACCAGAAUGCCCAGAUGUGAACAAAGUGAGUUUUGGGAGUCUACUUUUGGAUUCUAAUAGAAGCUUUCAAUCUUUGGCCCCCUUUGUUGUCCGCAUGAUACUGGGUUAGCUGAGGUGAUAGCGGUUCGGGAAGCUUUUUCUCUUGGCUCAAGACAAGAGAUGUUAGAGACGUGAUUCCAAGUGGUGAAGAGUAUUUAAGUCAGAGGUACUUGAGUCGGGCUUGUUGAAGAUGGUGCUGGCAUUAUGGCUUCCUUUGAUUGUUGCGCUUUGUCUUUUGUGCUUAAAUUCUUUGCUACAUAUUCGUUUUUGUACUAAGUUCGCAUUUCGUAUAUUUUUGAGUUGUGUUUUCAUCCACACGAGAUGCUCAACAUCUCUGAGAUGCACUUCGGGUUCUUGUCUGUUCCAAAAUGCAUUGCAUCUACUUUCCAAGUGCAUAUGCGAGAGCAACUACUUUUAACAUCACCCUUACCGAAUAUUUGUAGUGUUUGUGAGAAAAAGACGGUGUCAAAAGUGGUGUACAAAUAGUAUUUUUCUAAAUAGGAUUCUUUACACUCGCCAUUUUUUAUCGUCUCGUUAAAUUCUUACACUACCAAAUUUAGAGUUAUUAAAGUUUUAAAAUUUCC